AUGUCCUUAUUUAAUUUCGCUCGCCGGUUCUAUUCCUCAGCUCGAGCGCCUGUAGAUGCUGCAAAAGCUGCAAUAGAGUCAUCGACUCCUCGAGACGUACGAAUCAGACGUCAGCGUUUCCCUCAAUUGUUAUCCAAGGCCGGAGAAGAUUCUUCACUCACAGACGUCGAAAAGACCGCAUAUGAUCGCCUUAAAUCCCGCGGAGAGCUCACAAUCGAACGUCCCGAUGGUCCGAGGGAGAUGUCUGAGGAAGAGUGGCUGGAGCGAACCAAUGCGAGACGGCGGAGAGUGCGCGGAGCUAGACAAGUAGCCGUGCCUGAUGGCGAGGGUGCCACCGUCGAGGAGGCUCGGGUUGUAGGACACCGCAUCUACUUGCCAAACAUCAUAUUCCGUCUCGUGCGCAACCACACACCGCCGGGACAGCCAUAUAAUCCAUACGAAGCAACAUUCCGUGUUCCCCAGAGUCUUACCAAGCUCGAUAUUCGUGGAUACUUGUUAUCCAUGUACGGUGUUCGGACGACCUACAUCAGAACUGAUAAUCGGAUACCCGAUAUCGGACGGAACAAUUCGACGUACAAACGCGCGGUUGUUGGGCUCGAGGAGCCAUUUUACUUCCCACAUGCUCGUGAAGAUAUGAGCGUUGCGCAACGAGAAGAGAGGGAUAAGCUCCUCAACUCGAGAUUCCAAAUCGAUCAAGUCAAACUUAUGCGUGAAGAAUACCGCUCGCGGUUGUUCAGACCGACCGGCUUCCGAAAUGCUAAGGGGAACCAAACGCUGCGCGGGAAGAUUGUCAGGAAGGUCAUGGAGCAGAAGCUGGCGAGAGAGGGCGCAGUUGCGACGGCUGUAAAAGAUAUGUUGUCUGAUACGGAUGUUGCGGGGAGGCUCCCAACUGUGUCCACGAGUAGCGCAUAA